AUGGCCGAAUCAGAGAAACCCGAUGUGCCAGCCUGGCAGCGACAAGCUGGGUCGGAGACAACCACUGACCCAGCUCCCAGCACGACGCUCGAGCAAGCCCGCAGAUUCCUUAGCGAUGACAACGUCCGGUCGUCCAGCGCCGAGAAGAAGACCGAGUUCCUCAAGAGCAAGGGAAUAUCUGACGAGGAUAUCCAAAAGCUCCUGGCUGAGGAGGCGCAACAAGAGACAGAGCCCGAGCCCAGGGAAUCACCCGUAGAACAGGAGAUUCCUGAUGCGAAGCAGACUUCCCACCAGCACACACAGGACCCAGCUUCAACGUCUGCAUCAGCACAACGCCCAAGCGAUACGCCACCGAUCAUCACUUACCCGGAGUUCCUGACGCACUCGCCACGUCCGCCGCCUCUGCUGACGCCGAGUCGUCUGCUCAAUGUCCUGACCAUCUCGGGUACGGCUUGGACUCUCCUGUACGGAGCUGCGCGCUUCGUGGUCAGCCCUAUGGUAGACAGCCUUACCGAGUCUCGGUCGGAUUACUAUAACCACGUCAACACGAAGAUGUCCUCUCUUGUUGAGAAGCUUGAGGGCGUUGUGAGCGAAGUUCCCUACAAGAACGGCAAACCUCUCAAGUCGGAGAUGGAUAUCGACGACAACAGUAGCUACGGCGACCCGACAGAGAUGUUUCAUCGUGAUUUCGGAACGCAGACAUCACCACAGACGUCUCCACUGCCAACGUCCGAGGCAGACACAAAGCCCAUCGACGAACAGGCGCAGCGUCUCGCCCAGCUAACCUCUUCAUUGAAGGAGCUGACGGAUGCAUAUACAAACCAGGCAGAGAACUCUGAGGACCUGCGCUCGAUUCUUCGCGAAUUUCGCGACGACGUGGACAAGUUGGCAUAUCCGAGCGUGCCAGAUUACACAUACAGCGGGUCGGGCUUUGGCCUUGGUCGAUCGACAGAACCAGACGACGAGAUCAGAAAAACAAAGGAUGCCAUUCGAAGUGUCAAGGGCAUGUUCUUGUCAUCAAGAAUGUUCCCAGCUGCGGCUGCAAGAUAG